GGGACCAUGCCGGCGGCUAUGGGUUUGGCGCUUGCAAGCUAUGUCAUCUGCGACUUAGCUCAGAAACCUAUCGGGCAAAAGCCGCUGUUCUGGCCGGUAGGACCGAAUUUCAUGCGGAAGAUGCAUGCCCGAGUGCGAGCCAAGGCGCAGAAGGCUGGUUUGUGGUGCGACGUCGAUUACGAGGAAAUGGCGUACGUUGUCACCCACAUAUUCCGCGGGAGGAGUGUCUUGUCUGGGUCCAAAAUACACCCCAUAUUGGUGAGAUGGGACAAUUCGAAGCCCUUUGUGCUUGAAAAUCUGGUGCAGCUGACCGAAGAAGAGGCUUUGCUCCACCGGAAAGUGGAGAAAAUCGAAGAUUUGCACCCGGAAUACCGCAAAAAGGUCCAGAAACUUCUGGCCGAGGUGCAGGAGUACUCGAACUCGCUCAAGGAUACCAAGGAACAGUAUUAUCAGAAUUAUAAUGGUAUCACAAACCUCUCACGCGAGUCGCUCGCAGGCACUGAAGUGUUCAAUAACACCGUAGCGUAACUUGCAAGUGGUGCAGAAACGUUUCUCGUCCCAAAUUUAAUGUUUAAACAUAGUCCACACCGUUGAUAUGUAGCGGUGUAGGUGUAGCUUGGGAAACACGGUUGCUGUCAGCAAAGUCUAUACGUAGAUAGCCCGUACAGGCGCCUAUGCACACCCCUGCACAACAAGAACAGAACAUAUUUACAAACCG